ACAACUGAUUUCGGGAGGUUAAGUUUUUUGUGCUUUAUAGAAUUGGUUUCUCAUUAAAAAAUAUACAGAAUCUAUAACACCCAAGGAUGUCAUCGGCAUUGUAUUGUAGUAGUAGAUGUAUUAUGCACACAAAUUAUCGCCGGCUCAAUGUCACCGCAUUUAUCAAAAAGAACAAUAAUAAUACCGACCUUGCAAAGUAUAGCAGAAAAUUCGCAGUGAAUUCAGUUUUAUCUUAUCGAACACCGUCAACGCAUCGUUAUUUCAGCACUCAACAAAAUGAAAAUAUUAAAAAGCCCGAUAUUCCGCUUAUGGACUUUCCUACAACAUCUAACCCGGCAAUCUUUCAACUGCUUAAAUCCUUUCUAGCCGUUAAAUUCGGUAUUCCUAGAAUCGACCGAGAAUUUGACUUGGAUGAAUUCAUGACAGGUUCAAAACAAGCUGUACUAGUUGUAUCAAACGCUUUGUCUAGAGAAGAUUACGAGAGUUUGGAAGGCCUUGUUACCCCGGACGCUAUAAAGAUUCUAAAAGACAAUGUAUCUCGAAUGAGUGACGAACAAAAAGCAGAGAUUGGCCUGGAUAGUAAAGAAUUCCUAUUCUAUUGUCCUAUCAGCAUUAAUAUCCGAAAUGAUAAAUCAUCGAAGAUUGUCGAAAUACUGAUGCUAUACCAUUUCUUGCGAAAUUGGAAAAGUUCACAAGAAGAUCAUUCUGACGAUGAGGAACCAAUAUCCCCGAUGGAACGGCUACAAGUCGUGCGGACAGCACUGCAUGACCCGGCUUAUCUACAGCACGCUAUUUGUUGUAACUAUAGAUUUGUCAGACAAUAUGGCCAUAUGGAUAGUUCAUGGCUUAUUGAUAUAGUGAGUCAAUGCAGACUGUGUGAUGUGAAGGAAUGAGUGUUAUAGAUGAAUUUCUAAUAGUUGUACAUCUGCAGUAAAGUUAUCAAUCAAGAAAUGUUUACAAAAUUGGAAAUGCCACUUGAUACAGUUUUGUUUACAGUCAUAGAUUUGUUCAAGUA